AUGGCCACGAUUGCGAAAAGACCUUCUCUUCACAGCAAAUCCAGUGAGCACAACCGCUUAAUAAAAUACGAAAUAGAGAACUUCAUGGAGAUCAGUCGACGCGAUGAGUUUCUGAGUUUUGAUGUAGAAAAAUUGCAACGUAUUCUGGAAUCUGACAAUUUGAAUAUAACUCGUGAGGAAGACGCCUACGUUGCCAUAAAACGCUGGUUCAAUUACGAUGUUUCUAUUGACUAUAAACACAGUAUAAGUCUCCACCAUCAUCAUCCGGAGCCGGAGCUGGAAUAUACGAAUAAGACAUGGCAUAAUUUGCCCGCCAUGAAGCAAGUAAGGUAUGGACAGUGUGUUGUCGAAUUAGAUGGUAAAAUCUACGCGAUUGGUGGUUUUGGGGAUAGCAAGGUUUUGUCGUCAGUGGAAAGAUAUACGCCGUCCCAAGGUUGGGAGGUCGUGAAGAGUUUGACUAUUGGACGAUUCGAUGCCAAUGCAGAGAUUUUGAAUGGUAAAAUUUACGUAAUGGGCGGACUUAGGGGCUUUCAAUCCUCUAUAAGAUCCGUCGAAUGCUACAAUCCGGAUUCGAAUACUUGGACUUCUUGCGCAGAUAUGAAUGAAUGUCGUGAUAUUCCUUUUGUAAGAGCACAUAAGGGUCAUAUUUAUGUUUUAGACACGUAUUCUGCUAAGAGUAGACAAAGUGUUGAACGUUAUGAUCCUCAGCGAAACAUCUGGUCUAAGGUUUGUUGUUUGAAUGCUGACUGGGCUCGUAUUGCAGGCAUGUCGUUGGACAAUAAGCUAUGGUUUAUCGGCCGCCCUAAGUCUGACGACUGGUCAAGUGUGUCAGUCUAUGACGAGGCUAAUGACCGUUGGGUAAAAAAGUGUUCAAUACCAAAUGUAAACAUAUAUACUUGUGUUGUGCCUGUAGCCUUACUGUCGUUGAAAUGAAUAAAUAAUGUUAUACAUAUUUUUUUAAAUACAUUUU